GUUCAUAAAGACAAUCUUAAAAUGGCGAACUACGCUGUUCUAUUAUUGUGCUUGUCAACGUUUUUCCUACUCAGAAAUUCUCAAGGAAGACCGAGGGGAAAGUUGCGAUUAAAGGUAAGCAAGGGGCGAAAUCAAUGUUUCUAAUUCUGCUAAUUCAGAUCGGUUCUCUCUGCUUCAAAGACUUCAGUUGUAAGGAAUAGUAACGAAUGAACGAAUGAACAUGACCGUCCAAUGUAAUGGAUUUUUUUCUCAUCUAAAGUGUGUAUCAGUAACAUGCUGAAAUAAUCUAGCUCAAGGUGUCCUGUUCCGUCAGAAGCAGCCGGUAUUUAUCAUUUCCUAACCGGUCCUACUGGGGCUUUUGCAAUGAUCAAUUAAAGUCACGAAAAUUCCAGGGGUUGGGGGGGACAAGCACCCCCUGGAGGUGGGGGGUCUAAAGCAUUAGCGCCCUUCGUAGGGGAGGUAUGGAUAUUUUAUGGAACUACACAGCACCCAUUAUGACAUUGAAGUUUUGAUUUUGUUGAUGUUGUUCAUCUUUUAUAAUUCUUGGUCUUGAUCGAGAUGAAUUUUCCUUUCAACAUACACAGAGGCAGACCACACAGAGUUCCUCUUCCGCUUUAGGCGCGCUGAUGUCUUUCUCCGUCAAACUUUCUGACAUGGAGCGUCAAAUAGCCUCUUACGAAAAAACGAUCAAACGCCAGACUGCAGAGAUCGACCAGCUACGGGCCAAGCUUGACUCCAAGUCGGAACGGUCGCAGUUUCAGAGCCUACAAGCUUUGCUCACCAGCAAGAUGACAACGGUCAAAGAUGAAAUUAACACAAAGGAUCUUGUGAUAGAGAGGUACCGAAAUAAACUACGACAACUGGAAGAAGAGAUCACGGUAAGAGUCGCCCCUGCAGUGCCUAGUUUCAAAUCGAGAGGGGCAGGAUACGAGUCGGUUUAUUAUGGCAUAAACUUCACGAGACCCACAUAGUCAGAAAGAGCAAAUUGAGGUUAUGAAAAAUCUGAAGUUUGGUGUCAGUCAGGCCAAUAUUGAACAAGCUACAGCUAUUUAUAAACUUAAAAAUUUCUAAGAGAUGUACAUGUAGGGCCUGCCGGACACAUCGUCCGGACGUUUGUAUAUUUCUUGGCUGUAUCUCUAUGGGGCGCCGUUUGUAAAAAAAAUGAUUUAGCUUAAUUUUGUCAUUUUUUUCGUUAUUUAUUAAAUAAAGUUUUCUGAUAUGAUAUCAUACGUCAAUGAUUUGAUAUAAUAAAUGUUGAUUUCAAAUCAUGCGUUUAUGAUUUGAUAUAAUAAAUUAUUAUUUAAAAUCAUGCGUUUAUGAUUUGAUAUAAUAAAUGUUGAUUUCAAAUCAUGCCUUUAUGAUUUGAUAUAAUAAAUAUUGAUUUCAAAUCAUAAGUUUAUGAUUUGAUAUAAUAAAUCCUGAUUUCAAAUCAUUCGUUUAUGAUUUGAUAUAAUAAAUCCUGAUUUCAAAUCAUAAGUUUAUGAUUUCAUAUAAUAAGUUCUGAUUUUAAAUCAUAAGUUUAUGAUUUGAUAUAAUAAAUCCUGAUUUCAAAUCAUAAGUAUAUGAUUUCAUAUAAUAAAAAUCAUUAUUUGAUAUCAGUAAAACCAUGAUUUAAUUUAAUAAGUAAUAAGUAACCGCGUGACUUGGCACGUGGGUUACUAGCGCGGGAAUAAUCGCAAAGAUGGCGACACAACCAGAUCAGCUAUCGAGGUCAAUCGCUUCUAGGGUCUCUAGAGCCGUAGAAAGGGCGGUUGACCAAGCUUUGGCAUCCCUUCCGAGCCUUCCUGGCAAUUCAGGUUUUGCUGCUGCGACACAAUGUAUCCGGGGGGGGGUACUCCCAUACAUUACCUGUACGGGUAUAUGUGCCGCCCAACGGGGUCGUGAUUUUGAAGCUCCUGAUUUAGAACGGGGUAUCCAUUUCAGAGGCGUUUUCUAGAACGGGGUAUAAAAAAAAUUGUGGAUUAUGGCUUUAUCUUCUGCUUAAAAUUGUUGCUGAUUAUGAAGAAGCAUCUAUUUGAUGUAUAAGUCGAACAAAUAAAGAAAUAUCUUUUAAAAAAACAGGGCUAUUUCAAUUUACGAACUUUCUAGAACGGAGUAUAAAAAAUCGGCCCAUUUCUAGAACGGGGUAUCAGUUUUAAGGCGAAUUCUAGAACGGGAUAUAAAUAAAUUGGCCCAUAUCUAGAACGGGGUAUCAAUUUUAGGGGAUAUUUUUUUUAGAACGGGGUGCCUAUUUGGAGUCCCGGGCGGCACAUACCCCUCAUUAUUGAUGUCUUCCAAGCGCCUCAUCUGUUUCUUACAUGUUGCACUGCAUCAUUAGUUAAGGGGAUUGCGUGUUAAUCGGAAAGCUAUGACUAUAUUUACGAGGGAAAGAGGACUUUUGGACCUUUCGCUUGUCUGGCGCAUUGCGUGACACGCGCGGCUUAGUUUUAGAUGUGUUUGCUUCCUUUGUUAUGUCCUUUUAGUAGCCAUACUAAAAUAACAUACAGCUAAUGAUUGUUUCUAUUUCACAAAGUGAGGCGACAAGACAGUUCGUCAGAGAACAAGAGAUCGAGACAAACAAAGGGCUAUUUACACCUCAGCACCGGGAGGAGAAAUUAUUAGUUAGUGACAUCGGUCCAAGCGUCCUUGGCGAACAAAAAUCAUUGUACAGGCGUAACAUUGAGACUCUGGUUUGGCGACAAAUCGCAGUAGCAUAUAUAUGCUCGGAAGGGAUGCCAAAGCUUGGUCAACCGCCCUUUCUACGGCUCUAGAGACCCUAGAAGCGAUUGACCUCGAUAGCUGAUCUGGUUGUGUCGCCAUCUUUGCGAUUAUUCCCGCGCUAGUAACCCACGUGCCAAGUCACGCGGUUACUUAUUACUUAUUAAAUUAAAUCAUGGUUUUACUGAUAUCAAAUAAUGAUUUUUAUUAUAUGAAAUCAUAUACUUAUGAUUUGAAAUCAGGAUUUAUUAUAUCAAAUCAUAAACUUAUGAUUUAAAAUCAGAACUUGUUAUAUGAAAUCAUAAACUUAUGAUUUGAAAUCAGGAUUUAUUAUAUCAAACCAUAAACGAAUGAUUUGAAAUCAGGAUUUAUUAUAUCAAAUCAUAAACUUAUGAUUUGAAAUCAAUAUUUAUUAUAUCAAAUCAUAAAGGCAUGAUUUGAAAUCAGAAUUUAUUAUAUCAAAUCAUAAACGCAUGAUUUUAAAUAAUAAUUUAUUAUAUCAAAUCAUAAACGCAUGAUUUGAAAUCAACAUUUAUUAUAUCAAAUCAUUGACGUAUGAUAUCAUAUCAGAAAACUUUAUUUAAUAAAUAACGAAAAAAAUGACAAAAUUAAGCUAAAUCAUUUUUUUUACAAACGGCGCCCCAUAUAUCUCGUCACUCGUUCAAUAUAGUCCCGAUAAACACCAAACUUGAGAAUGUUGCUAAUUUCAAUGUGCUCUUUCUGACUAUAUGGGGCUCGUGUUGUUUAUCCCAUAAUAAACCGACUCGUACCAGCCCCUCUCGAUUUGAAACCAGGUAACGUAAGGGAAUCCGGAUUUCGGAAUGAGCGAACUUUUCCUUUCGGAAUCCGGAAUCCUGGGCUUUGGAAUCUGGAAUACAGCUCAAGGAAUCGGGAAUCCCAAUAACGACUGGAAUUUUUCAAAAGCUGUCGUUCCAACGGUGGAGAAUUUGUCAUCAAAGGUCUGCCCCGGGGUGGAGAAUUUCUCACUUAUAAAUUUUCUUAACAUUUUCUACUUCUUAUUAAAACACUCUGUGGCAUAUAACAAGAACAAAAGCACAAACUUAUUUAAAAGAUUUGGUAGCUCAAAACGUCGGGUUGUUGCCUUUACUGAACACUGAAUUUUUUGUUAGGAAAUACGGGAUGAUUACGCACAGCUGCACGCGGACUCCACACAGGUACUAGACAAGUUUGACAACUUUGGUUUACACUGCACCACCCAGAAAACCGGUUAUGCUCCAAAAGUGAACGGAGCCAUCGGGUACCUUGAUCGGCAGUGGGUUCGUUGUCAUCAAAAUGAAUUCCUGCAAGCUUUUGUAUUGAAAAUGGCGACUUCUUACGGAGAGGAUAUGGUUAGAUAUGAAUACCAGUGCUGUAGCCUUAGUAUUUAAAAAGCAUGUAGUGUGCUUAGGUGAAUAUUAAAAUCAAACAAACUUUCAAAAUGCUAAGGAACAAAACGUAGUUCGCUCUAUAACGAUACUAAGUGCCAUUACAGGGCACUUCAGCGUUUUGAGUCUUAAUAAACGUUACAUUUG